UAUAAAAAUUGUCUUUAAAGCGAGAUAAAAUUUCAAAUGAAUCGCGAAAUUACGUGGAGCUCUCUGGAGCUUAGUGAACUCCUGGAAGACGAGGAUUCUCACGUGCAUUUUACGAGGACCACCAAACACCUCGCGUUACAUCCGUACCACUUGAACAACGUUCAGCGAGGUGUCAAUCAUAUUUUGAGAUCGUCCUUAAAUACUUACGACAAAGAAUUGAAAGGGUUUGUGUUAGCCUUUAGAAACCCUAAAUUGCUUAGCAAUCUGGGAGAGAUUCUAUAUGAUUCUCCCUUUAUUCACAUUGACGUUGAAGCAGAUUUUUAUCUAUUUUGUCCUACAGUUGGAACUUUCCUAAAAGGCAUAGUGAAUAAAAAGGGUUUGGAUCACAUUGUAGUGCUGGUGCACAAAAUCUAUACCAUCUCUAUUCCGAAACCUGAUGAUAUCGAGGAAUGGCUAGGUGAUUUGAUGGAGAUUGGUCAGGAAGUAAAAUGUUGCGUGAGUCAAAUUGACAAUAGGAGCAAACCGCCUUUCAUAUGUGCCACUUUAAAAUCCGAUUAUUCACAAGGUUGUAGGUUAAGCUUAAGUAAUAUUGAUAAUGUAGAUGGUGCAAUUGAAAAUUUGGAUACUUCCAUAAGAAAUGACACUUUGAUUAAUGGAGUAUCAGAUGAUGGUGUUUCUGAAAGUGAGAGGAAGAAACAUCGAAAGAAACACAAGAAGUCUCGUGAGAAUGAUACAGAAUCUAUUAAUAAAGUUGACAACAGAUCAGAGUCGUAUGAUAAUGUAGGGAAUGAUAUUCCUGUAACUAUCAAAUCCGAAAAGAAAUCGCAAUACCAAAAUAUACAAUAUGUAUUAAAUACUGAUGAUUAUUUAAAUAAUUCAGAAGUUGAUAAUAGUUCUAAAAAACAUAAGAAAAGCAAGAAAGUAUCAAAGUCGUUACUUAGUAAUGAUACAAUUUCAGAUGAACAUAUGCAGUUACAUAAAGCUGUAAAAAGAGAAAAUUCUGUUCCAUUAGAUAGUGAAACUGAGAUGACAAAAAGAAAAAAACAUAAGAAAUCUAAGGAAUCUGAUUCAAAAACUGUAUUAAUAAAGAUAGAAAAUGAAAAAAUUAUUUGUAAGACAGAGAACAUUCUCGAAAAUAUUAAAACUGAAAAAGAAGAGCAAUAUAUUAAAACAGAAAAGAAAAAGAAAAAGAAAUACACGAAGGAAUCUGAAUCCGAUUCGGAAACUGUAUCAACAAAGACCAAAAAUGAAGGAGUAUUUUAUAAUACAGACACUAUUUCCAAGCAUAUUAAAUCUGAAGAACAACAUAAGAAACAUAUAGUCGAUCUCUCUUCAAGUUUAGAAGACAACGCAUUUAAAAAGCAUAAGAAAAACAAGAAAUCACCUAUGAAAAUGUCAGAUUUGGAAUCAGAUCACGUUGUUACAAUAAAAAUUGAAAAACAAGAUCCACUUAUAGACGGAAUUACUAAUGAAAAAUCAAAAAGCCAACUAUUAAGUAACGAGACUAAAGUAGAAAAUUUAAAUGAAAACUUUAAAAUGCCUAAAUUUCUGACAGAAGAUUUUUACAAUGAUACUUCCGAAAAGAAAAAAUGUUCUAAGAAACACACAGUAACUUUAAGAGACUCAUUGCCGAAAUCUAAAAUUAAGAGCAAAAAGGAUAUAAUUAGUGAUGACAACGUUUCAGAUAAAGAAAGGAAAAAAAGUCCGAGUCCGAAGAAAUAUGCAAAUGUGUUGAAAGAUUCCGAUUCUGAAAUUAUAAUUAAAAGUGAAAAUCUAAUGAAUGAUAUUUCCCGAGUGAUUAAACAUGAGCCUGAAGAGAUUCAACACAGGGAAACUACAUCAGCAAUAGAUAGCGAUUCGAGUAAUUUGAAUCUUGAUUAUGCCUCAAAAAAAUUUAAAAAGAAAAAAACGAUAAAAUCAGAAUCAUAAUUGAUAUUUUAAGUAAAAAAAAAAAA